AUGUCCAAGACCCCCAGGGCCCAUACUCCCUACGAAGCCUCGCCCCCGUGCCCCUCCGCGCCCACUAUCUCCUUCACGGCCGCCAAGGCCAAGGCGGCCGUCAACGCGUUCAUUGUCUCGGAUCAGGCGAAGGUCCUGCAGGAGCCCCUUCAACCGCGCGCAGCGGACCCCGGGUGCGCGAACUGGCUUGCGGAGUGGUGGAAUGAGUACCACGACCCGACAGUCAUGUUCGUGAGCUGCAACUGCGUCCACAUCUACGACAAGCCAGAUGAGAAACGCGAUGUCCGAAACGACAAGCUCUCCUUGUCGCAUCGUCCAAUAAUCGAGGAAAUCGAGUCCGCAAUGGUCAUUGUUCGCUUAGACGACUACUCCCCCGCUACCCGUGAGUUCGGCGAUGGCAGGAAUCGCUUCUACGACAAGCAUCGAGUCAGCGUCUUCGAGAAUACAAGUCAGGCUUCCUCGGCGAACACUCCUCCAUGGAAGGCACCCUGA